AUGUCGUCGUCUGCCGUCGAUGUUGAUGAGGUUGAGGCCGAAUCGCUUCGCGAUCAUCAACCGAUCUCACCCACCUCGCAGACUCGCUUCCGCCCGAGAAGCAAACAUGUCAACCUCAACGCCAAUGUCGAAGCAAGAAUCGAGAAUCCGCUUUCCGGCCUGUCGGUCCGAACUCUCCUGCGCGCCGUUGACGAAUUCGUUCGCGAUAAGGGACUCGAGGAGCAUCGCGCCGUGAUUCGAAAGGGCGCUCUUGUUGCCCGGGACCCUACUGGAUAUGAGGAUAUUACGGGCGAGGAGGCUCUGACCGAGGUGGAAAUCGAUGCCCUCCGCGACGAAAUUCUCCACAAGUGGCGUAUCAGCAGUGUGCUCUUUUUGACCGUGGUUAGCUGCUCUAUCGGGGCGAUCGUUCAGGGAUGGGACCAAACAGGGACGAACGGCGCAACCGUAUCAUUUCCCGGCGCCCUUGGGAUCGGCGGCGAUAGCAUAAACGACAAGCUGCUCGUUGGUCUCGUCAACGCAGCUCCCUAUAUCGGGACAUCUCUUUGUGGGUGUUGGUUAUCGGAUCCUAUCAACAGUUUAGUAGGUCGGCGAGGUACCAUUUUCUUCGCUGCAAACUUCUGUCUUUGGCCCGUUGUGGGAAGUGCCUUUUGCAAUACAUGGCAGCAGCUUCUGAUAUGUCGUAUGUUGAUCGGGAUUGGUAUGGGAACGAAGGCUUCUACUGGUUUGGCUCCCCUUCCGGACAUUAUCGCGUGUAAUUUGGCCGUUACUCACAUGUUUGAUAGUCCCAAUCUUUGCUGCGGAGAAUUCUCCGGCGCCCAUUCGUGGUGCUCUCGUCAUGGGCUUUGGACCGCUUUUGGCAUAUUCUUGGGAACUUGCGCCAAUCUUGCUGUCUCCUCGUUCGGCCCCGAGGCAUGGCGAUAUCAGCUCGGCUCCGCCGUGAUCCCGGCGGUUCCUCUCGCCAUCUUGAUUUAUUUCUGUCCCGAAUCCCCGCGUUGGUACAUGAAGAAGAACCGAUACCGAGAUGCGAUGAAAUCCCUUCUUCUUCUGAGAAACAAUGCUGUCCAGGCGGGCCGUGAUCUAUACUAUAUUCAUGUUCAACUCGAGCUGGAACACCAGUUCAUGGGUAAAGGCAACUAUUUCAACCGAAUCAUCGAACUCUUCACGAUUCCUCGAAUACGUCGGGCCUCACUUGCGGCGUUCACCGUCAUGAUUGCUCAGCAAAUGUGUGGUAUCAACAUCAUUGCUUUCUAUUCGACGACGGUGUUCAAGGACGCUGGGGCUAAUGACUUCGAAGCCCUCUUGGCUUCAUGGGGAUUCGGCCUCAUCAACUUUCUAUUUGCAUUUCCAGCCAUCUGGACAAUUGACACAUUUGGAAGACGAUCACUCCUCCUUUUCACCUUUCCCCAGAUGGCGUGGACGCUGAUGGCUGCUGGCCUGUCCACGCUCAUCCCUGGAAAAGGGGGUGCACAUUUGGGCAUGGUGGCCUUCUUCGUCUAUCUAUACGCCGCCUUUUACUCACCUGGAGAGGGCCCAGUUCCCUUUACAUAUGCUGCAGAAGUUUUCCCUCUCUCGCAUCGAGAAAUCGGGAUGGCCUCGGCUGUCGCAGCAUGCCUAUUCUUCGCUGCGGUUGUGUCCAUUACCUUCCCUCUCAUGUUGCUUAGACUUGGAGUCCUUGGCUCAUUCUUCUUCUAUGCCGGCUUCAACGUCAUCGCCUUGGGGAUGAUCUUUCUCUGGCUCCCGGAAACAAAGCAGCGGACCUUGGAGGAACUGGACUACAUCUUUGCAGUGCCAACGCGCGUCUUUAUGCACUACCAGAUAACCAAAGCUCUACCAUGGUGGGUCAAGCGCUGGAUUUUCCUCGACAAGACGGCCACCCUUGAGCCCCUUUAUCAGCUUGAUAACGGACCAAUUCCUGAAGCUGAUGAAGUAGACACCAGCUAUGAAAAUGAGAAGUCGAGAGUCGAGAUGAAAGACUUGGUUGGAUAUCCCGCUACGAUACACCACUCUCACUCCAUAUGA